CUGGACAAUGAUAGGUACUGAAUACGUCACAACAGACAUGUGUAUGACAAAAAUGGUGUCCGUUUACCAGCUGGCACUCAAUUUUUAAUCAAAAAAUUGUUUUUAUUGUAAGUGUAGUGUUAUGGCGUCUGUUCUGGAUUUAAUAAAACACUACCAGCAUGCAAUUGAGAAAUAUCCUAGUGAUGAGAAAAAUAUUUUAAAGUGUAUAGACAAAUUAUUUCACCUUGGUGUGACAGUUCAGCAUUUGCAAGAGACGGGUGUAGGACGAACAGUUAAUGCCUUACGCAAAGAGCCAGGUGAUGUUGGCCAGGCUGCAAGAGCACUUGUGUACAAAUGGAAGUUAAUGGUUGCUUCUGAAGAGAGUGACCAAGAGGGAGAUCAGAAUGAUGACACCACAAAAUACAAUGGACAUGAUGAUGCAGAUUCUGAGGAUAACAAUAAGUCUAAAUACAAGCAAGAAAAAAAGUCAUCUGAUCGAUCUUCACGAAAUGAUAAUAUGCAUGGACAUAUGAAUGGUGAUCAUGGUAAAAGUAAAAGGAAAUAUCACAGUAGUGAGGAAGAUGAACCAGAUGUAAAGAAAUCUAAACUGUCACAACCAAAAGAAAAUGGUUACAAAGUAAAAAGAGAAUCUGAAUCUAAAUCAGAAAGAUCAAACAGUGACAGUGAGAGUGAAGAUGACUCUUCUGAUAGUGACAGUGACAGUAAUGCCUCUCAAUCUUCUGAAGAAGAUAAAGUGUCACCAGCUAAGCUCAAAGAAGAAAAGAAAGAUAAACAUCACCCUUCUAGGAAAGAAAGCUCAAGCCAUAAUUACAGUUACCAUAAAUCUGAAAAUAAUUCUGAAAGAGAUAAAAAGGUUAUAGAUAAACAUUCUAAACAUAGUGAUAAUUCCAGACUCACAGAAUCCAGUAAAGAAAGAAAUCAUAGUUCACAUAAGCAUAAAAGAUCAUCAGAAUCCAAAGACAAAGAUAAUUCAAGGGAGUAUAAAGAUCGAAAAGAUAAACAACCAGAGAAGAAAGAUAAAGAAAAUAGAUCAUCUGAAAAGAAACAAUCAUCACAUAAAGAUAAAUAUUCAGAGAAAGAAAAAAAAGUUAAACAUGAGGAAUCAUCAAAACAUAGCAGUUCUGAAAAGCAAAAAACAGAUAGAGAAAAAUCGUCAAGUAAACAUACAUCUGGUAGGUCAGCAGAAAAAGAAAAGUCCUUAGAAAAAGAGAAAGGACAUAAAGAGGAAUCUUCAAACAAACAUAGUAAUUCCGAUAAACAUAAAAGCAGUAAUUCAGAGAAAAACAAAAGUAACACAGACAAAAGCACUAGUAAACCAGAAAAACAUUCUUCUAGUUCUGAAAAGGAAAGACUGAAAGAAAAAGAAAGAUCUGAUAAACAAAAACAAAAAAGCUCAUCAGAUCAGAUUAUAAAAGAUAAACACGAAAAGAAAGAAAGAAGUGAAAAUAAAGAGAAGCACAGUUCCUUGAGCAAAGAAAAAAGUAGUUCCUCUAAAGAGAAAGAUAGCAAAAGUGAUAAACGUCAUUCUUCAUCAAGUGAUGGUACUUCAAAAGAAGUGAGCAAAAAGUCUAAAAGUGAUAGAAGUGAAAGUAGUAGUCGAAAAGAUAAGCAUAAGUCUAGUUCUAGUAAGUCAAGUAGUAAGGCAAAUGAUGUACCAAAGAAAAAGUCUCAUACAAGCAGCAAUGAUAGUGAUGAUGGGAUUGACUGUGGAUCGGGAGCAAGCUUUGCUGAAGCAUUAGGCAUGGUCAGUCCAGUGAAAACUAAAAAAAAAUCUAUUAAAGAGACACAGUCACCUAACAGUUCCUUCAAUGGAGAUCUCAGCCCGGCCAAUCUAUUAGCGCCAACUGCAAAACUUGCACCCUUACCUAAUAUUGAAAUAUCGGCGUUACCGGAAAUUUCACCAAACUACAAACCGCGGCCGCCGCCUAAAUUCCUACCACAUUUCGAAGAUCUGGACUUGAAUACGGUCAUGUCUUCAAAGAACCAAAGAACAAAAGUUUACUCUGGAAAUAAAGUAUUAGGAAAAAUCCCUUCUUUAUAUGAAAUGUGUGUUCAAGUGCUUCAGGAACAUAUAGACGCCCUCGAAUACACCGGUGGUGUGCCAUACGAGAUAUUGAAACCGGUCGUGGACAGAGCGUCCCCACAGCAGCUGUUCAUGCUUGAGCAUUACAACCCAUACCUCAUGGAAGACACGGACCACCUCUGGCAGAGAUUCUGCGAGAAACACUUCCGCAACAAGAAACGGAUGGAGAUGGAAACAUGGAGGGAAAUGUACAUGCGAUGUCAAGAAGAACAAGAGAUAAAACUGAAAUCACUCACAGAGAAUAUCAAAAUUGCUCAAGAAGCGAAAAAGGCGCCUAUAAAGCAAACGAAAAUGGCAUAUGUUGACACAGUCGUUAAACCACCGAGAAAUAUUGCUAGGAAACAGGCCCAACACGGUACAGCAUUUGCAGCAACAGCCAGCCCUGCAGCAAGAGUGGCAGCUCUAGCCUCAGCCCCUAACGUACUGAAAGGAGGAAGACCAGCACCUGUCGCCACAGCAUCAUCACCCUUCAUUAAACCCAAAAAAGCACCUCUAAUGCAAAAAGCCCUACAGUUCAUGAGAGGACGGAAACGAUGAUAUAUAAUGUCGAUAUUUAGAUGUAUGUAUCAUGUCAUCUAUUCAUAGUAAUUGUGUUGAGGCUGCACUUCAAGUUUAUCCAAUUUGCAGUUAGUAAUUCAAUGUCCAAUGCAAUUAUGCUACGGCACGGUAAUCGUACAUAAUACCUGGGGAAAAAUAUAGUCAUAAGCUGUAUUACUCAUGUGUUAAAUGUAAAUAAAAUAUCAUCACACAAUAAAUGAUUAAAAUUAAUCUUUCCGUGCUUAAUAUAGAACUUGUUAAUAUUGCGCCCCGGUAAUUGCAUUAGAUUUAGUUGAAUUACUUUGACUUAUAAGUAUUUUAGCUUAAGUAAGUCAUAAAUUGGAUAGACUUAAUUGUUUGUAUAGCUCCUUAUAGGAAACACUUAGAAUUGAGUAACUCCUUCACUGAAGCUGAAAUAAAUGUUCUUGCAUUUGCAAGAUAGCUUGUCGACUUAGAUUUUAUAAUAAAAUCAUCCCAAAAAUUUAAAUUAUAGUGACCAUAGUAGUGUCUGUUUUGAUUGACUUUAUUAUUACAAAAGUUAUAUAUCUUCUAAUUUUCAUUUUUAAGUAAAACAAAAGUUAAAAAGGGCCUUGCAUGAUCUAUAAAUAUUAAAGUGAUGUUAGGAUUAUUUAUUCUAUUUUUCCUGUUAAAAAUCAAAGACCCGAAACAACAUACAGAGUACUUUAAUAAUUACCCCUACAACUUGAAAAAACUAUUCCAAAUUGUUUAGAAAUAAUUUAAUUUCCCAUUAACAAAUUAACAAUAUGAAUUAUUCACCCAUUUUUGUAAACAGAUGUACACAUUUUUUGUGUUGGAGUUCAAUGAAAUAAUUUGAAAAUUGACAUUUAUUACUAAACAAACAAACCCUUUAAGGUUUAUUUUAAAUGUUUUUUUUUUAAUAAACAAAUAAGGAAACAUUCAAUUAUCACUAUGUACACUAAAAAUACUCCAAUCUUAUACAUCCUUUCCUUGUAUAUUUAAGUAUACAUUAAUUAUUUAAAUCUAAUUUUCGAGUCAAACAACACCUACAGUAUCCUUUUUGAAUAAAAAUACAACUAUUUUAUUAAAUAAUGAAAUGAUUGACCUGAUAAAUUCUCAGUUACAAGGCUUUUUGUAUUAAAUUACAUUCUAUUUCUACAUUACAUGACGUAACUGUAAUUUUUUUACAUAAAGUUUGUAAAAAAUUAAGGGAAACUCAUACUGAAUUGACACAUAUUUUUUGCGAUAUAUAAUUAUGAUUUUUAAUCAGAUUGUUGGUUACUUCCUUUAUUCCUCUAUAAUUUAUUACCUGUUGUCAAACAUUUUUCAAUUAUGUUAAGUGUGUGUUCUUUUUCAAAGUAAUUGAUACCUUUACCACAAUAGGUUAAGUGUCAAUAGGUGGUCUAAAAUACAAAAUAUUGAGAAUAAAAAUAAAAAGUUUUUCCAAAUGCAUUUUCCAUUUCACUAUUUGCAUUAAUUUAAGUCUGGGAAGUAAUUUUGUUCCUUUUAAAGACCUAAGACGAAAUAUGUAUGUUAUUUAGAAUUGAUAAAAUUAGGAAAUAAUGCGAAUUUGAGAAUAUAAGUGUAGAAAAUAUUUUUAUUUUUACAACGCCAAUCUGAGAUCAACUGCAAUAAAAAAAAGAUUCCUGAUAAGAUAAGAAAAUGUGCACUUAAUUAGUUGACUACCCUUAUUUUAGGGCUACCUGGGUUUUAAUAGAGUAGUUAAAUAUAUCUUGUGAAUGUUUUGGAAUAUUUUUUAUCUAAAAACAUCAUUUUAUGAAUUAUUGUCUAGAUGUAAUUUUAGAACAAAUGAAAUAAAGACAUAAUAUACUGUAUAUAAAUAUCUGGAAUUUAUUAUUUAUUUAAUCCAAUUACAUAAUUUCAUAUAUCCGAUUAUUGAUAAUAAAAUGAUACUCAAAUUCAGCUAGCUAGCUAAUAUCUUGUUAUCCUGUGAAUGUUAAAUAAAUGGCAAUUAAAAUGUUACUGCAUUGAUAUAUUUUAACUUUAAAAUAUAGAGCACCUUUUCUUUUUUUAUUUUAUUCUUAAAUAUCCUUUAUGAAAGUAAUCUUUAUUUACAAAUUAAAAAUAUAGCAAUGCAUAAGUGUUGAAAAUAAAGAAUAUUUUUUUAUUCAAAUUCAAGUAGUUACUAUUAUUUCAUUACAUUUGAUUAUGUGUGUUAUGACUUGUUUAGCUAGCAAUUUCAAAGGCUAAUUUUGCACACAGACUGACAUGAAGUUUGUAACUUAUAAUAAGCCAUUAUCCCAUUUGAGGCUUGCAACAAUUACAUUAUAAUUUUUUUAUGUAUGCAGUCAGUUUAAAAGAAAAAAAAUUGAAAUAUUUAAGAAAAUUAUAUAAGCGGUUCUUGUGAUUUUAAAACACAAUAGCAAAAUAUAGUGUAACACUGUUUAGAAGCUAUUAUAAGUAUAUAUAAUAUAAUUAUAUUCAUAAAUCUUAUUUUCUUUUUGAAUUUGAAAUACAUGUUAAACAUUUGCAAGAUGCAAAUAGUUCUUUGAAUUUAUUAACAGUUCAUUAACUCUUAUAUGUUUGUGUUCUAUUUAUUAUUCAAUGAUGUAUUAAUUGUCUUUAUUUCUAUUGUAUUUUCUUUGAACAUGCCAUUAUAAUACUGUUUUGUGAUUCAUUAUAUUUAGUUUAUGAAAUCAAAGAAUGUCAUUUUAUUUUAUGAUAUUUAUUUUUUUAUCCUUUCUAUUGCUAUAAUAUUCUCAGGUACAAUUUAAA